CCCAACUGUAUCAAUUCAUUGUGCUUUCUAAAACAUAUACCUCUUUAGCCCAGUUUCCUUUGAAACAUUUCACCUUAAAGAGUAGAUCGAGUUUCAAUUUGAAUAGCAAUUUCUUGUGUUUAUCGGCGUUCAGAGUUCUCAAACAAUCAUCAAUCAUUGGCACCCAUUAUUUCUUGUUCCCUCAAGUGCUCACUCCGAUUCAUCUGCAAUUGAGGAAAAAAAUAUGGAUUGUCUUAAUGAAUUGACAAAAGAAGUUGUCACAAAACUUGGUGACUUGGUAGUAGAGUCUACCGUGAAGCAUUUUCAAUAUUUGAUCCAACACAAAACAAUCGUAGCCAAUUUGAAGGAAGAACAUGAGAAGUUAAAGCGUAUGAAGAAAGCAUUGCAAGGGAGGAUCGAUGCAGAAAUAAGGAAAGGAUGCGAGAUUGUACCAAAUGUGCAAAAAUGGCUCGACGACGUGGAAACACUUGAAAAAGAGUUGCGAAAUUUCUAUGAAAAUGAAGUUAGUAAGGAAAAGAAAUGCUUUCAUGGAAAAUGUCCAAAUUUGGCAUUUAAUUACUCAUUAGGAAAGCAUGCUACUAAAAACACAGAACAUAUUUCAAGUUUGAAGGAGGAAGAAAACAAAUUACAGAUUAUAUCCUACCCAAAAGCUCCACCACCAUCAUUUUCAGAAGAAAUUAAGAGCUUGGAGUCUAGAAACAAAAUUAUAACAGAUGUGAUAGAGAAAUUGAAGGAUGAUAAAUUCAAAAGGAUUAGCAUUUGUGGGAUGGGUGGAGUGGGGAAAACUACACUAGUGAAAGAAUUGAUCCAAAUUAUGGAGAAAAGUAAGCAAUUUAAUAAAGUUGUGAUGGUGGUUGUGUCCCAAAAUCCAAAUUAUGAGAAUAUCCAAAGUCAAAUUAUUGAUGGUUUAAGAUUGAAAUUCCAAAGUACAAGCAUGGAAGAAAAAGCCAAGGAAUUACACCAAUGGUUGAUUGAAAAGGCCGGCAUGGUCUUAAUAAUACUGGAUGAUAUGUGGGAUGAGCUUAAGUUUGAAUGGAUUGGAAUUCCUUCUCAAGAACAUCAAAAGGGAAUCAAAAUAUUGUUCACAUCACGAUUCAAAAAAGUGUGUCAGAAGAUGGGGAGUCAAGAGGAUUUUAUGGUCUCUGUGCUAUCUAAAGAAGAAGCUUGGUCUUUGUUUCGGGAGAUGGCAGGGGAUGUUGUAGAUAAACCUGACAUCAAUCCAAUAGCAAAGGAGGUUGCAGAGGAAUGUGGUGGAUUACCCCUUGCAAUCGUGACACUUGGAAGAGCACUUAGCAAUGAGGAAAAGCUUGCAUGGGAUGUUUUACGUGACAACUUGAGAAACUGUCAAGUAUCAACCUUCUCAGAAAUGCAAAGAUGUGUGUAUUCACGUAUUGAGAUGAGCUUCACAUUUUUAGAUAAGGAGCAAAUGUGUUUCCUUUUGCUUUGUGGCUUGUUCCCUGAAGACUUUGACAUUCCUAUUGAAAGCCUAUUCCGUUAUGGAGUGGGAAUAGGAUUGUUUGAAGUCCUUGACACAAUGUUGAAAGUGAGGGAACAAGUGAAUUAUUGGGUGAUCAAUUUGAAGAGAUGCUUCUUAUUGUUAGACAGCGACAAGCCAGGGUGUGUGAAGAUGCAUGAUGUUGUGCGUGAUGUAGCACUAAUAGUUUCAUCUAGAGAAGAACUUGGGAUAUUUGUGACGAGUAAAGUUGAAUUAAAGCGGAUGAAGCAAGGAAAAUGGCGUAGAAUGUCACUCGUCUUGGAUGAGACGACAGAGUUAGAAAAUGUCUUUGAAUGUCCAACUCCAGCCCUUGAGCUUUUACAACUACUGUCAAGGACGAAAGAAACAACAAUUCCAUGGCUUGAAAACUUCAUCCAAGGAAUGAGUAACCUUAAAGUUUUAGCUCUUCAAAAUAUGUGCAUUUCGCAAAUUCCAUCUCUACUCCAAGCCUUAGCCAAUCUUCAUAUGCUGCAUGUACAAGGUUGUGAUGUUGGAGAUAUAUCCGUAAUUGGUAGGGAGCUUAAGAAAUUGGAAAUCUUAAGCUUUGCAUACUCAAAUAUUAAAGAGCUUCCAACUGAAAUCGGACAAUUGAAAUUUCUAAGAUUAUUGGAUUUGACAGGAUGUGAUAAUCUUAACUUCAUUUCAGCUAAUGUUUUGGCAAAGCUUUCUCGGCUUGAAGAGCUUUACUUCAGGGUUGAAAAUUUUCCUUGGAUGCUGAACAAAGCCGUUAUCAAAGAGUUAGGAACUAUUUCUCGUCAAUUAAAGGUUCUUGAGAUCAAAGUAAGGAACGUAGAAGUUUUACACAACAACAAUUUGAUUUUCAAAAACCUAGAUUUUUUUUGGGUUUAUAUGAUUCCUGGGGAAACUUUCUAUAAACAUCGUGAUCAUGGGUAUUUAGAGUCAAACAAGUUACAACUCAAAGAGACAAAUUGCAAUUUUAUUAAGAACUCGCAAUUGGUUAAGAAAUGUGAAAUCCUCAUAUUAGAGAAAAUGAAGGACUUUAAAAAUGUCAUCUAUGAUUUAGAUGACGAUGGACUCCAAAACUUGGAAGAUCUAAGACUUCAUUCAUGCCACAAUAUCCAGUAUGUUAUAGAUCAAAACACUCGCUGUUGCGCCUUCCCAAUAAUCAAGUCAUUGUCUCUAGAGAAUCUUACCAUGUUAAGGGAAAUACUUCAUUUCUCUGAUCACCAUGAAAUCAAGAAAUCAAUUGUCGGAUUCUCAUAUUUGUCGAAACUGGAGCUGAAACGCCUUCCAAAUUUUAUUGGCUUCAGUAACAUCAUUGAUUGGAAUGAACGGCAUCAGCCAACUCUUCACGGAUCGAGUUAUUCCACUAAAUUAGGUGACCCAACAAAUGUUGAGGAGGUCGAGGCUUUAGAUAGAUCACAUUCUAAAACCAAUGGCAAAAUGUUCUAUCAAACCAGUGCCAAGUUGUUCUCGUUUAAUUGGAUGGAAAAUUUCCCCAAGUUGGAAAAAUUUUUGCUACAUGAAUGCAAUUCCUUAGAAAUAGUGUUUGACUUACAAGGAUAUUCACAAUCUAAUGGCUAUGCAUUGUUGUUUCCUCAACUGGAAAACAUUGAAAUAUCAUACCUCAAUAAUCUAAAAUUUCUUUGGGGUAAUGUUCCAAAUUGUGUCCUCGGAUUUCAAAAUUUAAGAUCACUAACAAUCUCAAAUUGUGACUCCUUAAGACAUAUAUUUACAUCUGUCAUCAUUAGAGCAAUCACGAAUCUUGAGAUAUUAAAUGUAAGCUCAUGCAAGUUGAUCGAGAAUAUAGUGGUUUGGAGAAGGGAUUCAGAAGUGGAAAACAAUAAAUGUAAGGGACAAGUGGAAAAGAUUGUGCUUAGUAAAUUAUGUUCUGUAUCACUUUCGGGACUUCCACAACUUGUGAGAAUUUGUUCAGAUUAUUUUGAGUUACAAUGUCCAUCUUUGAAGCAAUUAGAGAUCUAUGAUUGUCCUAUGUUGAAGAUGUCUUUAUUGCCAACCCCUAUUCAAGAAAAGCUGGAGAAUCAUAAUGUCAGAUAUAAGGAAAGCAGAAAAAAUAUUGGUUUUUGUGACUUCAAGGAUAAAAAGUCUAAGUCUUCGAAUUGCUCUCAUAGAUGCAUGUCGUUCUUAUCCAACUACAUUCUUGAAGAAAAAACAAAUAAGAGAAGAACUCAGGAGAUAUCAUUAGCACCAAAUCAUGCUUCUUCCAUUUACGAAAUGAAGAACAAGGAAACAAUAGACCAUAUGCCUAUUCCAGACAACCUUUGUAUAAGAAAAUGUCAUUUGAUGGAUGUGAUAUUUUCUCUCAAGGAAAAUAACAAUUUCAUUAUUCCAUCACACAUGAACACUAUCAAAGUUGAAGAUUGUGUCAAGUUAAAGACUAUAGUGGCUAAAAGAGAAGAAAAGCAAGACAUUGUAAACUUGUUCCCUCGACUAGAGUCUCUUCACUUAAGCAAGCUGCCAAAUCUUGUGAAAUUUGGAUUUUCCAAAAUCUUCGAGCCCUUCGACAAACAAGAGGAAAUGGGUGCUUGUGAGGGAGAUCACAUAAGGAAUACACAUCAAACAUUAAUGGACGAGUCUUCUUUUCCAAACUUAACAUCUCUAUUCAUAGAAGCUUGCAACAAAAUCCACAUAUUGUUCUCUUAUUCAGCCUUGAGUAGUCUUGAACAUCUUGAGAAACUAACAGUGAAAGAUUGCAAGAACAUGGUAGAAAUAGUACUAAUUCAUGAAGAAACUGAAAAAUCUCAAAAAAAGAUUGUCCUCCCUAGUUUGCAGCAUUUAUUUCUUGAAGACCUACCUGAACUUAAGUCCUUCUAUCACGGUUCCUCUGAUAUCAAUUUUCCAUCGCUUCAAGAGGUGGAGAUUAUAGGGUGCCCCAAUAUGGAAGUGCUUGUACGAGGAUCUUCCCACACGCCUAAGCUCAAGGAUGUCACUAUGGAGAUCAAACAAUAUAGUAACAACUAUAUACAAAAUAAAGACUUGAAUGCCACUAUUCGAGGAUUUAAAGAAUUUGUUGCAUUACAAGAAUCUGACAAGUUGGAUUGGAGCGAGCUCCAUAGAAAAGGUAUAUUUGAAUACUUCAUGAAAAAAUCAGAAAUGAAUAUAAUAUCAUUUCACAAACUGUUGACAAUUGUUCCGUUCAAUGAGAUACAAAUGCUUCAACAUGUGAGGGCACUCACUAUAGAAUAUUGUGAUUCACUAACUGAGGUGUUUGAAACAAAAGAAGAAGAAGGUAUAGAACAAAAGGAUGUCACAAAUUAUGAGCUUCAAGAAGUGAUUCUAAGUGAUUUACCAAACCUGAGAUACAUAUGGAAAGACAACAUCACAAGGCAUGCAGGCUUUAAAGAGCUAACAUCAAUUCAUAUUUAUGCUUGCCAUAGUUUGAAGAGUUUGCUCUCUCGUUCCAUGGCCAAAAGCCUUGAGAGGCUUCACGAAUUACUUGUUUUGGACUGUAAAUGUAUGGAGGAGAUAGUUACGAAGGAAGACAAGAAUAGUGAAGGAGGCAAUAAGGUCAUGAUUUUGUUUCCCCAGUUGAAGGUGUUGAUCCUUAAAACACUUCCUAAUCUACAGUAUGUUUGUUCAGGAGAUUAUGACUAUGAUAUCCCAUUAUGUGAUGUUGUAGAGGACAAGGAAAUGAAUAAGGAUUACAAUAAGAUUCAGAUUUCACUUCCACAAUUAGAGAACUUUAGGCUAGAGAAUGUGCCAAAGUUCAAGUGCUUUUGUCCAGGAGCAUAUGACUAUGACAUCAUGAUCUCAUCAACUGAAAAAUGUCCAAAAACAACAAGAUUUCCCCAAGGAAAUGUAAUUGUGAGCACACCAAAUCUUGAUCGAGUACAUUUGAGUUACUGGACAGUAGGGAUGCGUACAUUUGGAGAUAUUAAUUUGGCAAUACAUUAUGAAUACUAUCGAGAGAAAUACAUGACAAAGUUGCAAGAAUUAGAGAAUUUAAUGUGUUUGGAGCAAGAUGAACAACUUCUUGGCUAUAUUAAAAGAGAAACACGACUUGUCCUCGAAAGAUGUAACAGGUUAUUGAACUGCAUCUCAUCCACCGCUAUGCACUUAUUCUCACAUUUACUGAGUCUUAAAGUAGAUAAAUGUGAGUUGGUAGAGGAAAUAUUUGAAUCAACUGAUUAUGAAAGUUAUAAUAAGGUGCAGUAUGAGUUACAGAGUCUGAAAUUGUUUUCUCUGCCAAAAAUGAAGCACAUUUGGAAAAAUCAUGCUCAACGACUUUGCUUUCAAAAUUUAAGUUGGAUAGGGAUCAGCGGGUGCCAUGAUUUGAAAUAUGUGUUUCCAGAUAUUUCCAUUGUCAAAAGUCUUCCGCGAUGGUGUACGCUAGACGUGUUUCAGUGUAACAAGAUGGAAAAUAUAAUCCAAAAUGCAUGUGAUUAUAAUUUUUCGCCAGAAGAAGAAGAAGAACAACAACUAUAUAAGGCUAAGAUCAUAUUCUCAACCUUCGAUAGUAUUAGAUUACAAAAUUUGCCCAGACUGAAUUGUUUCUUGCAUAGCACUUUCUAUUGCUAUGUAGAGCUACCAGUUUGUACAGAUAUAAGUAUUAUAAAAUGCCCAAAGAUGAAGAACUUUUGUUCCCAUGGAAACUUAUACACUCCAAGUCUUUCCUAUUUACGAGUGGAAGAUACAGAGUAUGUUGACUGUGAUGUAGAUGGAGUUCUAAAUGAGGUGAUGCGACAACGUGAAGGGUCAGAAGAUUAAGGCAAUAGCAGCACCAUCCAUGGAGUGGAAGCAGCCAGAAAUAAAGUCUGAAACGUGGCUAGUUGUCUCAGGCCGGGGCUCCAUGACAGAAAGAAUGCCCCUGCAGCAGUUUCUGUCAAAUGUUGGACGACAUGUUAAUUGCUGAACCCAAUGAUGUAAAAUUCUAAGUAAACAUCAUAAUAAUAAACUUAGAAGUUGUGUGUAAAAAGAAGGGCCGGGUGUGUGAAAUCAAUUCAGUUUACUGUGUUGGUUCUAGAAUAAUUCCUAUGCAGGUUGCCUUCUUCCUUCUUUCUUUGUGCUUUCCUUAUCACAAACACCCUCUUUCAUAUCUCAAUUUGAUAUGGAUUAUCUGCGGAAUGGAAAUAACUACAAGAUACCUCAUACCAAUGGCUACUUAGAAGUUAGAACGUGUUUGUUUUAUCUUCAAUUUCUGUUAGGCUUCCUUUAUCAUUCAAAGAAUGUUUGGAUACAAUAUCUGGUUGGUUUAAAUUAUGUAUACAAUAGCUAAACUUAAAUUUUAGUAUAAGG